AGGUUAUGUUUGAAGUUCUGUCACUUCGCGAGCUGAUGUUCAGUCGGUAGAUCUGGUUCAUUUGGUUAUUUCGAGUCGAAUAUUUUUCAAAGAAAAUGUUCACUAAACUCGGUCUAUUGGUUUUAAAGCGACGGUUCCCUGUGGCCUGCGCUUCUCAACUCCGGACGUAUCUAUCCGAAAGUUAUAAAUGUACACAAACAUGGGAGAAUCGCCUGCAGCCGGACUACAUGCAGAAGAUCAACUUGGAUUCACUUUACUUGGAUAUCGAGCAAAGCUUCAACCAGAACGGAAAACCCAGUGUCAUAGACGUCGAUAUUUUUGUCAAUAAAUUAACAAACAAUGUCAACGCUGAUGAGGUUUCAGAUCUGCUGCACAAGCUUCGCUUAACCGAGGAGACAUCGAAUACCUUACCCUCGACUGGGCAUGCGGUGAUUCGUGCAUUUUUAGAAAGUGAUCAUGUGGAGGAUCUACUGCAUAUGCUUGAUGAUCGAUUGAAUUAUGGAAUAUUUUUGGAUCAUUACCUUGCGAAUUAUCUUCUAGACGAGUUGACAAAACGGAAAGAUUUUACCGCAGCUGCGAGGGUAGCUACGAUGUUGAUGCUGCAAGAGGAUUUUGGUAACGAAAUCUCUCUCCCGAUGGCACUUUAUGCUUGCUGGAAUUAUCUUGGGGAUCCGAAACCUUUCUAUCCCGUUGAGGAGAAACAAGAAGAGACGAAGAAAUCAAAGGAUGAGGUAAAAGUUCGUGUUAAGUUCCUCCGCAACGAAUAUUUCGAUGAUCAUUUCGAUUUACGUGACAAUUUCCAUCUAGUUGGGAAAACGCUGCUCAUGAUCGGUUCCCAAAUUCAACCAGGAAAUAUAGGCAAAAAUGCACAAUUAUUAGGGGCAGUUCUAUAUCAAAAAUAUGAUAAAGUGCUUACAUUGCUUCCGGAAGUCAAAUCAGUUCUCCACAAGGAUGUUGUUCAAAUUGCUUCAAAACAAAUUGAACAAAUCCCGGAAGACAAACUCGGCGAAAACGGUCAACAAGUAAAAACACAACUACAGACUCUUUCUGCAGACUCUAGUCUAAACUCAUCCAAUUUUGGUGAAGAUGUUGAGAAUCUAAUAAAAACUGCAGUAGCUAAAUGCGAAAAAGAUGAAAUUGCUAAACAAGAGAGCGUUUAUAAAAGUUGGAUGGAAUUACGAGAAAAUAAAUUAAAGGAAGAAAUAGAACGAUUGGACCGAGCGAAACGAUUGCAAGAAAUCGAGAAGAUGACAGAAAGCAUGAAGUUGGAGGAGCAGAAAUUAUGGUUCUUCGAAAAUGAAGAUAAAAUUGAUCUACAAAUCGACAGUAAGAAAGUGUUCUAUCCUAAACGGUGGUUUGGCAAAAAGAAGAAGCCACGAGUUAUUGAUGAAGGCUAUGUGCCACCUGAGGUUAGGCAGAAACAGUGAAAAGUUUGUUUUAUUAAUUUGAA